GAAUGCUAUGUUGUAUUACACACUCUAUUCCCUGUUCUCUGGGUGUAGAUGGCUCUCUUCAUCACUGCACAAGUGGAACUGGUUUGAAUCAUCUCAAUAUUGAAGAGAGCCACUGAAUAGUUAAACUAAGAAAAGUAAUAGCAGUACAGGCAGUCUUAGACUAAGAAAGAACUGGAUUCAAGUGUUGUUUCUGAUAAAUUUGAGUGGCCAUGGGCAAGUCACUAAAUUUCUUAGUUGCCCAGUCUACUCUGCAAAAUCACACUUUACAUUAAUAGUUGAUGACUGGUGAAGUUAAUUUUCGUACUGGGACUUCUCAACAUACUGAAGUCAUAGAUUCAUAGUAACAAAAAGUCAAAUUAUAUGCAAAAUUUAAAAGCCUGAAGAAAUGACAGCUAAUAGAAACCUUAAAGAUUGAUAAUAUGAAAAAAGAUAAAUUAAAAACAGUUCUUAAUCUGAAAUAUAUUACAGCUAAUUUCUAAGCAGAAAGAUUCUGGUUUGCAUCUCGGAAAGGUACAUGUUUUGGCAAAUGAUGAUUUGACUAAAUGAUGACUACAGGAAAUUCUAGGUGAUAAAAUAAAAUUCUGUUUAUAAACAUUUAGAGGGCGUCAACAACAAGAAAGAAAACUCAUUGGAUAAUCUAGGGUAAGCCUAGCAACAGAGUAUCAAUAUCAGGAUAUCAAGAAAAUCUUAAUUAUAGCAAUAAUUCACGUACACCUAUAAAAUAGUCAUCCACAUUACCUCAUUUAAAUUUUAUUUAACCUGAAAAAUAGAACUUUUUAAUUUAGUCAAUUAUCAGGUUACAGUGGAAAAUGUUUUUAUCCUUGCUCUGCCAUCAACUUGUUAUAUAAAAUGCACAAAUUAUUUUAAUAGCUCAGGGCCUCAGUUUUGCCAUCUGUAAAAUGAAUUUGCAGGAUUGAGUUAAUUAAUUCCUAUACGUGUUAUAUAAUUGGAAGGAAUUUUUUUCUUCCUUUUACUAUUUAAAAGUUUAAUGUAAAAAGCAAAGAUAAAAUUUGCACACUCCUAAGUCUGGGAGUUGAUUAUCUAGUUCAAAGACUCUGGCUGGUUAAGAACAUAUUCAAAAUAACCCAUCAGAAAAGAGAAUUUUCUGCUAUGAAAAGAUAAAGCUUUUCUCAACUCCAAUAUUUUCCAACUUUUAGUUAAUCCAGCCUCCUCAAUGAUUUUCAGUAAUGCUAAUGAUGACAAAAGACAAUUUAACUUUAUAGCUUUAUAAUUAUGAUGGAAAAUAUACGUUUUCAAAUACACAAAUUAUACUCUUGUUUUUCCACGGAUAAAAAAAUGUUUGCAAACUAGCUUCUUUGCUGUAGCCUACACUUUUCACAAAUCUAACGAAAGCCAAGUUUUUUUUUUUGUUUUGUUUUGUUGUUGUUGUUGUUGUUUUUUCUGGCAUAGACAGGUGUCUUAAAAAUGUUAAUCGGACUAAUUUCCAACACUUCCUAUGAUUACUGCAGCCCUGCAGUAACUUUCGGUGACGUGUUGGUAACAGUGCAAAAUGAUAGUUUUCCAUGUUUUAAAACAAUUCAUGAAAAUUUUUUUUUAAUCUCAUAUCAUCUUCCCGUUUCGAUGCAUAGUCCUCACACGCGCGCAUCCCCGAGGACCACGCGGGGGGAGGGGGUCGUCCUGGUACCUACCACUUCCCCGCCAGCUUGCAGGGGUCCAGGGCGGGGUUCCUUCCCUCGACCCCACCCUACACCUCACCCCCCCCCACCCCCUACCCGCCGCGACCGACAGGAAACAAAAAGAUCCGCGGCGGUGGAGGGGCGGGCGCGGGGCUCUUCUAAUUGACAACCUAGCCAUCGCCUUCAGCCCCAUCUCCCCCUGACGAGGGGUCAGAUGGCGGAGAGCAAAGAAAACAAGAUCUUGGAGGACGCUCCAGCGCCGGCUCCCAACCUCGGAAGGGAAAGAAAAGGCUUUCCAAGAACCGCAGUCUUCAUUUCGGGGCCGCGUCCCUGGCUCUGAUUGGCCUUAGCGCGGCGCUGCCUUGUGACGUCACCAUUCUUCUCUGCCCGCCCCCCCUCCCCGGGUGGUUUCGGCUGUUUGGUCUAGAGCAGCUGAAACCGGUUUGAGAGAAGCCGUUUCCUCUUUCUCUGGGCUGCCUGAGGGCAGCCCUCGUGAAGCGCUCUCGCGGCUACUGCAGUGACCGCCUGCCCCGGGACGCAGAUAAGACCGGGGGCAGCGGGGCGGAGCGGAAUUUUCUUCUCGUUGGUUCUUCGGUCGAGGAAGGGGCCUGAGACCUGACACUCUUACCGAAGCAGCUGCAGAGACGGCGCCGGGCAACGCUCCGAACCCUCCACCUUCUCCCCGCUCCUGACGCCCCCUUUAGCCUCCCCCCCCCGCCCCUUGACAGAGACUGACUGAGUGGUGGAGUGGAUAGAGAGAGUUGGCUGACUUCUGGGUCUGGAAGAUCUGGGUUCAAGUCCUACCUCUGGCAUAUAUUGAUUUGUGAGCCUGGUUCAACAUCCUCAAUAAAUCUGCCAAGAUGACACAUUCUCAACUUACCUUUGAAAUAAGAGGAACUCCAUUACCAGGAGAAAUUUUUGCAAUAUGUGGAGAUUGUGACGCUUUGGGAAAUUGGAAUCCUCAAUAUGGUGUGGCUCUUAAACCUGAAGAGAAGCCAAAUGAGGGCCACAGUAUUCUAUGGAGAACAACAGUUGCACUCAAUAAAGGAGUACCAGUUCAGUAUCGUUACUUUAAAGGAUACUUUGUAGAACCAAAGACUAUCGGAGGUCCAUGUCAAGUCAUAGUUCACAAGUGGGAGACUCAUCUACAACCACGAUCAAUAACCCCUUUAGAGGGUGAAAGCACUAUUGAUGAUGGACAGUUUGGAAUCCACAAUGGUGUUGAAAAUCUUGAUACUGGAUGGCUGACUUGUCAGACUGAAAUAAGAUUACGUCUACAUUUUUCUUCAAGACCACCUGUUUUAAUAUUGAAGAAAAAAUUUAAAAAAUCUAGAUUUAGGGUAAAGGUGACAUUAGAAGGUCCAGAAGAUGAUGAAGAUUGCUUAUCUCCCAUUAUCCAUCACAAAAUGGCAAAAAACUUAGAAAUAUCCUUAGUAAGUGAUAAUGAAUUCAAAUGUCGGCAUUCUCAGCCAGAAUGUGGUUAUGGAUUACAACCUGAUCGCUGGACAGAGUAUCACAUACAAACAAUGGAACCAGAUAAUUUGGAAUUACUCUUUGACUUUUUUGAAGAAGAUUUAAGUGAACCAGUUGUGCAGGGAGAUGCACUUCCAGGACAUGUUGGUACUGCAUGUCUGUUAUCCUCUACUAUUGCUGAAAGUAGAAGAAGUGCAGGAAUUCUCACACUUCCCAUCAUGAGCAGGAAUUCAAGAAAAGCAAUUGGCAAAGUUAGAGUUGAUUAUAUAAUUAUUAAGCCAAUAGCUGGAUAUGCUUGUAAUAUGAAGUGUUCAUUUUCAAAGUACUGGAAUCCGAGAACACCUCUGGAUGUUGGACAUCGAGGUGCAGGAAACUCUACAACUACUGCCAAGCUUGCUAAAGUACAAGAAAAUACAAUUGCUUCUUUAAGAAGUGCAGCUAGUCAUGGUGCAGCUUAUGUAGAAUUUGAUGUUCAUCUUUCAAAGGAUUUUGUGCCUAUUGUAUAUCAUGAUCUCACUUGUUGCAUGACUAUGAAAAAGAAAUUUGGUGAUGAACCCACAGAACUGUUUGAAAUUCCAGUGAAAGAGUUAACUUUUGAACAACUCCAGCUGUUGAAGCUGUCUCAUGUAACUGCACUAAAAUCACAACAGUUCUUAAAUGCAUCUUUAAGCAUGGAAGAAAAUUAUAUCUCUGAAAAUCAACCAUUCCCUUCUCUCCAAAUGGUUUUAGAGGCUUUGCCAGAGAAUGUUGGAUUUAACAUUGAAAUAAAAUGGAUUUGCCAACAAAGAGAUGGGAUAUGGGAUGGCAACUUAUCAGCAUUUUUUGACAUGAACAUGUUCUUGGAUAUAAUUUUAAAGACUGUUUUAGAAAAGUCUGGAAGUAGAAGAAUUAUAUUUUCUUCAUUUGAUCCAGAUGUCUGCACAAUGAUUCGACACAAGCAAAACAAAUAUCCUGUUUUGUUUUUGACUCAAGGAAAAACUGGUGCUUAUCCUCAACUCAUGGAUCUAAGAUCUAGGACAAUUUCCAUUGCAAUGAGUUUUGCACAGUUUGAAAAUUUGCUGGGAAUAAAUGCACAUAGUGAAGAACUUCUUAGGAAUCCAUCAUAUAUUGAUGAAGCUAGAUCUAAGGGCUUAGUAAUUUUCUGUUGGGGUGAUGAUACCAAUGAUCCUGAAAACAGAAGGAAGCUGAGGGAAUUUGGUAUUCAUGGCUUAAUCUAUGACAGGAUAUAUGAUUCGAUGCCUGAACAGCCAAAUAUAUUCCAGGGUAUAUUCAUUUGUACCUUUCUUUUCUCCUGUGUGCCUUCUACUAUGGUUGGGGCUGGAGAUAAAACCAAAAAUGAAAAUGGCAUUUGUAUCAAAUGAGCUUAUGUUCCAUGAGGGAAGACAGCAUCAUUAACUCUCACCUCAGACACUACCUGUGUCAUCUUGGACAAAUCUAUCCUUCAGUUCCUUUAUUUUUACAAUAAAGGAAUUGCACUUGGCUAAUAAGAUUUAUUCCAGCUUUAAAUCUAUAAUCCUGUUUCUACACACCAGAAUGUGUAAAAUAUACAUACUUAAGUUUUUAGGAGGAAAGCACUAGUAGUUGUGAGUAGCCUUCUUUUGUAGGUGGUAGUGUUUGAGCUGACUUUAGAAGGAAGCUGGGGAUCCAUUAGGAAAACUGAAGCAUUCCAGGUAUGAAGAUAGCUAGAGAUGUGUCAUGUAUGAGGAACAAUAAGGAUAUUUUUGCUUCAAUUGUAGAGUUCAUAAAGGAUAUUAAUUUGAAUUAGACUAUUAGGAUAAAUUUGGAGAAGCUUGUAAAAAGCUUUGGCUACCAAGCAGGACUUUAUAUUUGAUCCUCUUCAUUAUAGGCUUACUGUAUUCCAGGAAUUGUAUUAAGUUCUGUGGAUACCAAAAGAGAGUUUCUUCCUUAAAAGAGUUUACAAUCUAACAAGGGAGACAAUAGGGAGACAAUAGGCAAACAAAUAUAUACAAAGCAGGCUAUAUACAGGAUAAAUAGGAAAUAUUAAAAGAGGGAAAGUAGUAGAAUUGAGGGGUUAGGGUAGGCUUCAUAUACAAGGUGAGAUUUUAGUUGAGACUUUUAAAGAAGUGAGAGGUGAAUAUUUGGAGCAGAGGAGGGAGAGCAUUCCAGCCAUGGGGGGACUACCAGAGAAAAUACCUGAAAUUCAGUGUCUUGUUUGUGGAGUACAUAAGAGGACAUUGUCACUGGAUCAAAGAGUUGGGGAGUAAGAUAAAAAGAAUGGAAAGGUAGGAAGAGACUGGGUUAUGAAGGCCUUUGUUCCUGGAGGCAAUAGUCACUGGAAUUCAUUGAAUGACAUAGUUGAACCUUCAUUGGAAUAGGUAGAUACUUAAAGCAGACAAACCCAUCAUCAGGCUUCUGCAGUGAUUCAAGCAUGAGAUGAUGAGGUACCUGCCCUAGAGUGAUAGCAGUAUUAAAGGAGAGGAAGGGGCAUUUUCAAGAGAUGCUUCAGAGGUAAAAUCAGUGGUCUUUGGCAUCAGAUUAAAUAUGGAAGUAAGAACUAGUGAGGAAUCCAGGAUUGACUCCUAGCUUGGGAUUCCUGAGGGACUGGGAAGAUGGUGCUACCCUCUACAGUAAUAGGAAAGAUAGCUGGAGGUGAGAGAUUGGAGGUCAGCAGAGAGAUUGGGGCAAGAAAAUAGGGAGUCACUUGAACUUGUUGAACAGUGUAGUAGCACAGUAAGAAUAUACUUUAGGAAAAUUGCUUGAAGAAUUGUAUGAAGAAUGGAUUAGAAUGGGGAAAUAUGUAGGGAAAAUAAAUUACUGCAGUGUUCUAGAUUGGGAUGGGGGGAAGGUGGCUUUGUGCAUGGAAAGGAGGUAUAUAUGAGAGAUACUGCGGAGGGAGAAAUGGUAAGGUUUAUUAAUUGAAUGGAUAGGUGAGGUAAUGGUCAUAUGGCUAUGACCCUGAGUUAAUAGUAAUAGGAAAUUCAGAAGGUGAUUAAGCUUGGAGGAGGAAUGUGAUUUCAUAUAUAGGUACAGAUGGUUAAGGUAACCCUAAUUAAUCUUUGUAAAUAGUCUUCAUGAAUUGCUAUGGUUGAACAAUUUCAUCACAUGUUUGUGGGCCACUUUCUAAUGAUAAGCCUCAGAUUGGUUUUCUUCUGCAAAAGUCAUUGCUAUAUUUAUAAAAGAACUUUUACACUUUGUAGCCUUGCUAGAGCUUGCUUUCUAAUGGCAUGGUAAUCACGAAUGUGUGGGAAAUCAAUAGGAAACAGCAUCAAAAUGGGACUUUUGGAGUGAAAUCCAUACCAACUAUCCUCUGAAAUACUGAAAUUUAACUUUGCCUAAAAAGUUAAUUUUUUGAAUUAGCCAGCUAAAUUUUAAUUUGAAAUGGUAAGAUUUUCAAUUAAAUACUUGAAUUUUUCUUACUGGGAUGAAAAGAUAUAAACUUGAAAUAGCAAGCCUCCCCAGCUUUGGAACUAAAGGACCAAUAUAAAUUUGAGAAUAGAUUUAAUACAUUGUUAGUCUUAUUUUGAUUUGUUUAAAAAUAAGAUUUUUCUUCACUUAUGUGAAAUUUUUUAUUACUGCUGUCCUAUCCACAUUUCCUCACCACCUUUCCUCCACACCUCCUUCUACAGACCUUCCACAGUCAGCCCUACCUACCUUUCUAACCUGGUUUUCUAAUGCUCUGCUACAGAUAAUUACUAUUCCAGCAAACUUAUCUUCUAAUUCUCCAAAAAACUCCCAAAUGUCUUUUUGUUUUAUUUCGUUCCCCUGCUUUUAAUAGUCUGCCAUGUUGGAGUAGGUAUUCCAGAGGAGGAAAAUAGUGAUGGGUGUGCUUACUCCUACUAGUAGAUAUUUCAGUAGGUCAGAUUUGAUGUUCAAACAAAAAGAGGCACUCAUGUCAUUCUACAGUUAAUGAAAGGGGGUUUACUUAGCCAUUUAAUAGAAAGGACAUUCAACAAGGAUAUAUCAACACUUUGAUAGAACAACCCCAUUUUAUUCCCAAUUGGAAAUGUAUCCAUUCAGCAGAGCCAGGUUGUAGUGACUAGCAGUGUCUUGAGGUAUUCACCGAGUAAAUCACCUCCCUAGAGUGGUAGCAAUAUCAAAGGAGAAGAAGGAAAUUGAAGUAGGUCUUUUAUGUCCUUAGAGGAGCAAAAUUCAUGUCAGUAUGAGUUCCAGGAAGCUGCAUCUUUUCCCCAGCAUCAGUUAAGUUUUCAGGGAGAACUUUUCAAUAAACUUGGAUAAUAUAAUAUGGAGUGAGUGGGGAACUCUCAUAGGGAAUGAUCCUAUGUAAUAUUAUCCCAUGUUGCAAGGUCCUAAGAUUCUUCCAGAGGAAUUUACAUUUAAAUGCUUUUAGGACUUUUGCUGCUUAAUACUCAAAUAAAACAAUAAAGAAUUUUAAGGUACAACACAUACAGAACAAAAAAUAACAUAAGCUUUCUUGAAGAACCCAUUAAUAAAGAAAAAAAAUGAAUAGAACAAAACCCAGCAAUGCUAGGCUCUUCCUCUUAUUUGCAGAGGACUUAGUGUCAGAGAUCUGGUCCAUGUGGUAGGUGAUACCUGGUCUUUGCAUUUCACAUUGUGUUUCCAGAUGCAAGGCAGUGAUGUGAGCAGGAGCAACAUAAGGAAGAUCAGGAAUACCACAGAUGACACCUCCAGCAUGGUCAACAAUCCUGUGUGAGGGUCAAGUCGUCAAGCACAUAGAAAUUUCUAUGUACUAGGCACUGUGCUACAAAAAUAGAUAACGACUCCCAAGAAUCUGACAUAUAAAUAAAUGUGACAACAUGCAGACUAGGUAUAAACAGGAUAACAAUUGGAAUUAAUCACAAAGGAAAGGCACUAGCACUAAGGGAAAUUGGAAAAGAUUUUAAGAGAAGCCAGGAGGCAGAAAGAGGAAGACCAUUCCGGGUUUUGAGGACAUUCAGUGAAAAUGUCAAGAGAUUGAGGCCACUGUCACUGGAUCAUAGACUACAUGUAGGGAAAUAAGGUGUAAGGAAAAAGGGUGAAAUCAGGUAAUGAAGAUUUUUAAAAGCCAAAAAGAUUGUUUUAUCUUGGAGGUAAUAGGGAGCCACUAGCAUUUUAGAAUGGAAGGAGAUGGGGUUAACUUGGGUUAAUAGAGCAUUUUCUCAUAGCUAAGUGGAUGGACUGAAGUGGGAAGACACAAGACCAACCAGAAGAUUAUUGCAAUAGUCUGAGUAUUAAGGUGUUGAGACUGCUCUGAGGUGGCAGCAGUUUCAAGAGGAAGGAAUGGGACAUAUAUGAGGGAAUCAUUAACUGAUGGAUAUGAAGCAGUGAGAAAUGGAGUCAAUAUUUAAAUUUGUGAACCUAGGUGACAGGGAAGAUGGUGAUACUUUUAAUAGUAGAGAAGUUAAACUAAGAGGAAGGUUUUUGAGGAAGAUAAUGAAAGCAAAUUUAGACGACAUGGUGCCUAUGGGACGUCCAGUUUGAAAUAAUGUAAUCCAGAGUAAAAUAAUGAGAACACAGAAUUGUGACUUAGGGGACGCUGCUUAUAGUUGUGGGGGGAAAAGUCCAGAAAAAGAAAAGGAGCAGUUCAACAGGUAGGAGCAGGUCCAGGAGAAAAGCAUUACUAAAAUUAGAAAAGAAUAUAAGGAGAAGUGAAGAA